AUGCGUGAGAUUCUUCACAUUCAAGGUGGGCAAUGCGGGAACCAAAUUGGAUCAAAAUUCUGGGAGGUGGUUUGUGAUGAACAUGGGAUUGAUCCCACCGGCCAGUACAUCGGAAAUUCGGAUUUACAGCUAGAAAGAGUGAAUGUGUAUUACAGUGAGGCUAGCAACGGCCGGUAUGUGCCACGGGGUGUGCUUAUGGACCUUGAGCCUGGCACUAUGGACAGUGUCAGGACCGGUCCAUAUGGGCAGAUUUUCCGGCCUGAUAACUUCGUUUUCGGGCAAUCCGGAGCAGGAAAUAAUUGGGCUAAAGGCCAUUACACCGAGGGUGCUGAGCUUAUUGAUUCAGUCCUUGAUCUUGUCAGGAAAGAGGCCGAGAAUUGUGACUGCUUACAGGGAUUUCAAGUAUGUCAUUCCCUUGGUGGCGGAACUGGGUCUGGAAUGGGGACGUUGCUGAUUUCAAAAAUCAGAGAAGAGUUUCCAGAUAGAAUGAUGCUCACAUUCUCUGUGUUCCCAUCUCCCAAAGUGUCAGACACAGUUGUGGAGCCUUACAAUGCUACCCUUUCUGUUCAUCAACUGGUGGAGAAUGCUGAUGAAUGUAUGGUUCUUGACAAUGAAGCACUCUAUGACAUCUGCUUCAGGACUCUCAAGCUCACUACGCCAAGCUGUGAGUAG